AUGGCUGGCACGCGCGCUGCGCUGGCGUUGCUCGCGGUCCUAGCCGUAGUCAGCCUGUCGUGCGUUGCAGCGGAUGAUGAUGGCAAGGUGCUGACGCUCGACUUCACGAAUUUCGAGUCGGAGGUUAAGAGUCACGACUUUAUCGCCGUUAUGUUCUACGCUCCCUGGUACGCGCGGUCCCUCUCUCCCGAUGCUCGAUCGCGCUCGCGUUCCUUGUCCACGCGGUGGCACAUCUUUCCGGCAUUGCAUUUCUAUGUCAAGGCGGCAGAGAUGUUGGCAGAGGAGGGGUCGGAGAUAGUGCUGGCGCGCAUCAACGGCGAUGAGAAGAAGCACAAGGGCCUCGCCAGGAAGUACGGCGUGGGGGGCUUCCCCACCAUCAAGAUCUUCCGCACGGACUAUGCAUCGCCGCUGACGUACAAGGGUCCGAGGGAAGCAGCAGGGCUGGUGGCGUAUCUGAAGAAGCAGGCGGGGCCCGCCAGCACCAAGGUGCGGUCGGGGUCGGACCUCAAGCGCGCCAUGGAGGACGACAGCGUCGUUGUGGUGGGGCUGUUUGCAACGCUCUCAUCGCCCGAGUUUGAGUCGUUCCUGUCAGUGGCAAGGGAGCUGCGAACGGACUUUGUCUUCAAGCACACCACCGACGCCUCGCUGCUGCCCGCCAAGGGGCCCCAGCUCGAGGCACCCGCCGUGCGCCUGCUGAAGCAGUUCGAUGAGGGGUACUCCGACACAGAGCUCGCUGCUGCAGUGGAUAGGGCAUGCGCAGCACAGCUGUCCUCCAUGCCACUGGCCAGGGCUCGUGAGUCACUGGAUCCCCACGUGGCCCUCCACCCCUCCCUCCCCCUCCCUUUCAGCUGCGCGCCUGCCCAAGGUGUUGGAGCAGGAAGGGUAACCGACACGCACGUGACGUGGGAGUUCUCACCGGCAGCGCUGAGGGCGUUCAUAGAGCGGCAGGCGGUGCCGCGCGUGGUGGAGUUCAGCCAGGACCCCAAGGACCGCCCCUACCUCGCCCGCGUCUUCCAGGCGCCCACCAACAAGUCGCUGCUAUUCCUGACAUACAGCCUGCCGGAUGCACCAGAGUUCCGCAGCCGGUACGUGGAGGCGGCACAGGAGCAGCCCGACUCCAUCCGCCUCGUUAUCGGGGAGGCUGCUGCCAACGAGCAUGCUCUCAAGUACUUUGGGCUGGCAGUGAGUGACACGCCAGCCAUGGUGAUUCACGACCCGCGCUACGAUGCCAAGUUCAUCCGCACGCACAUCGCUCCUUCUGACAUCGCCCCCUUCCUUGCCGACUUCCAGGCGGGGAGGGCGGAGAGGGUGCUGAAGAGUGAGGCGGUGCCGCAGGGGGACGCGGGGGCGGUGAAGAAGGUCGUGGCCAACAGCUUCAAGGAGAUCGUGCUCAACUCCCGCAAGAAUGGUGCCGCCUUCCUCACGCCUCCGUGCCCAUGCGCUCGUGCUCUCGCUGCCAUGCUGCUGCACGUGUGCUGUUUGUUCUGGGUUCUUUGCCUUGCUGCCACUGUUCCAUUCACAUCUAGAGCCUUGCUGGUGGAGUUCCACGCCCCCUGGUGCACAGCCUGUGCUGACCUGGACCCCGUGCUCAAGGACGUGGCAGAGAGCCUCUCCGGUCAGAGGGACGUUGUUGUCGCCAAGAUGGAUUUCUCCGCCAAUGACAUUCCAUCGGAUAAGUUCGAUGUGAAGGCGCUGCCAACCAUCUACCUCUACACAUCCGCUGGUGUUGCCGUGCCCUAUGCUGGCGACAACUCCAAGGCCAGCCUCCUCGCCUUCGUCCGGAAGCACAAGGGAGCCAAGAAAGCCGCUUCUGCUCCUCCGACCGCGGAGGAACUGGCCGAGGCGGAGGAGAUUGCCAAUGCUGAGGAUGAGGAGGAGGAUGAUGAUGAGAGGAAGGAUGAGCUGUA